AUGUCUGAGUUCACCCCAAGAGCUGUGGCUAUCGGACUACUCAUUGGUUGUCUGCUUUGUUUUGCCAAUCUUUCUUUUGGUCUUCAGACAGGAUGGAUUUCUAUGAUGAGCCUCCAAAGCGCCCUCAUUGGCUAUCUCGUGUCUCGAAUACUACCCACAGGGCCACUGAGUGCCCAAGAAAUCAUUGUCGUACAAACUACAGCAGUCGCUACUGGGACAAUGCCUUUAGCUGCCGGCUUUGUUGGAAUAAUUCCUUCACUCAAAUUACUUGAUCCUGAACGAGAUGGCUCCGAACCUAUCACUCUAUCUUGGAUUUCCGCCGUCGGGUGGUCUUGCGCCGUUGCCUUCUUCGGGUCGGUACCAUUACCCAACCUCGCAGUUUUGCUGAUUCAUCCGAGCGUAUUUUUAUCUCCCCCGAUUCGAAAACAGGUGAUUGUGAAGGAAAAACUUGCGUUCCCCUCUGGGACCGCAACUGCGCAACUAAUUGCAGUGUUGCACGAAAUUCCACCGCCAGAAACCAGCAUUCGACGACGUCAAGGAUACUCAGCAGUCGAGAAUGAAGACCAAACAGUGCAAGACGAGGUUGAGUCCGAUGAACAGACACCUUUAUAUACUCCGGCGUCUGAUAGUGCACAAUCUGAGAGUUGGAAGGCGUUCGGCUCAAGUUUCAUCGCUGCUGGGACACUUACACUGUUUGCCUAUUUCUUUCCUGCUAUCUUCUCAAUUCCGUUGUUUGGCUCCUAUUUGGCCCGAAACUGGCUGUGGACAUUCACUCCCAGUUUAGCGUAUGUUGGCCAAGGGAUUAUUAUGGGCUUCCCCACCACUGCAAGCAUGACUUUCGGUAUGCUAGUUGGCUGGGGCGUUCUCUCCCCGCUAGCCAAGUUGUCGGGCUGGGCUCCAGGCCCAAUUGGAGACAUGACAGACGGCGCACGUGGCUGGAUUUUAUGGACCUCUUUGGCCGUCAUGUGCGCGGAUAGCCUGGUUUCUUUGUUUCCUGUCCUUGUCGAAUACGUAACCGGUUUCUUUGCGCAGCGGAAAGAGGAAGAAGAGGACUCGGAGACAGUUGAUCGCCUCGUACCCACAAGCUGGGUGAUCAGUGGUGUGCUCGCCAGCCUCAUCAUUGGCACAUUUCUCGUCUGGCUUGUAUUCGGCGAUGAGGGUAUUAGGCCUUGGGCGACUUUGGUUGGGUUUAUUUUCGGUGGUCUGCUUAGCAUUCUCGGAGUCCGCGCGCUGGGGGAGACGGACAUUAAUCCUGUGUCGGGUCUUGGCAAAAUAUCACAGCUGUUGUUUGCUUGGAUCCAACCUGGCAACAUCGUCGCAAAUAUCAUUGCUGGUGGGGUUGCUGAGGCAGGGGCUCAACAAGCUGGCGAUCUUAUGCAAGAUUUGAAGACUGGCCAUUUGUGCGGUGCCUCGCCUCGAGCUCAGUUUUAUGGUCAACUUGUGGGAUCGGCCGUCUCUAUCCUCAUCACCGCGACCGGCUACUCGCUCUAUACUCGCGCAUAUGAAAUUCCUGGUCCCUCUUUCCCUGCUCCAACUGCUUAUGUCUGGCUCAGUUUGGCGCGUCUUCUCCGGGACGGACAACUCCCUGAGAACACAGCGGCAUUCAUGACUGGCUUUGGCGCCAUAUUUGCCCUUAUCUCUGCCAUCAAGUCAUAUGCCGCCCAACGGGAAAUAUCUUGGCAUUUUAUGCUGCCUUCUGGUGUUGCCUUCGCUGUUGGGUUCCUCAAUACGCCAUCAUUCACUAUUGCUCGCCUUAUUGGCGGUAUCGUCGAGCACAUCUACGCAAAACGAUAUGCACGAAGCAAAAACGACAUCAAAUUAAUCAUCAUUGCCAGUGGAUUUGUCUUGGGUGAAGGUGUAGUGAGUGUGGUGUCGUUGUUACUCAAGACUUUCGGAGUCGGCGUGAUAAGCUGCUUUGGGUGUGUUCCGGGACUGUGUGGAGGGUGUCCUGCUUAA